AUGCAGAACACUGUCGAAGUCUUCACUCAUUUUGCUCAACAAAACGAUGUCCACAUUGCCAUCAAGGAACUCAAGACUGACCUAACUGAUGGUGACAGCCCGAGACCUGCAGGUAGAGGGGAUGACCGGAGAGAAGAUCAAGCACGAAGACGGCCGGUCUGGCCGUCACCGAGGGCUGACUUUGCUACCGGCCAACUUCAAAGACUCUCGCGACUGGUGGAUGAAGCUGACCUUGUGGAGUGUGAAGAAGAAGGCCGAAUCGCCUACAUCACGACAUGGUAUCUUCACCAUCUUGAACAACAGACCUGCAGAGAAUCCCGUUCUGUGAGACUCUCUGAUCACCCAGAUGAGUGGAGGACGCACAUCAUUGAGGUUUGGCAAGAUGUCAUCAGGCAUGAUCAAAGCCUUUCACUGAGCGUUGUAACGCCACACCCACCUUGCAGUGAAUUGGAAUGCACACAGGCUCAUGUCAUUAUUGAACAAGGUCAACAGCCUGACCACGUUGGAUUUGUUAUCUCUGUCAUUGAUGAAACAAGCACUGAUCAGAGGAGAGGACAGAUCACGCAUUCGGCACACUCAGACGAGGCGAUGCAAACGCGUGGUAGCAUCAUUCACCUGGCCAGAUUGCAGACCUUGCAGCCGCAAGGACAGUGUCGAGUGACGUGGAAGCAAUUUCCUUUCGCAAUCCACGAUCCUGAAAUCUUAGAGAGUGCAACAAAUGUUGUGAUACAGCUGCCUCCCACUGGAGGGUCCUUCAGAGAGGAAGCGUUUUCACUCAUGCAGAAGGAGAUCACCUUGCACACUGCAUUUGUUCUGCAUCAGGGCCCUUAUCACUCUGCUACACAAUGUGCGAUUGAUAUGAAUCAUUCUGCGCAACCGCGUGAAGCUCUGGGAUUUCAAUUCAAUCACAACGCAGCACCCUUUCAACCGGGACAGGUCAAUCUCUUUGGUGCCAAUGAGUUUGUGAUUGACCUUUUUACCCAAUGGAACCAACAUGCUGCGGUUUGGGAUGAAGAAGAACCUUCCUGCAUGAUUGAGACUUGGUUUGUCGAUCACAGAUGGCAGAACCCACACUGUCGCAACAGCAGACAAAAACAGCUCUUUGCCAAUUACUGGCAAUGGGAAGAUGAACUGCGGAGACUCUGGAUUGAAUUCGUUGAUGCAAGAAGCAGCAUUGACUUUUAUGUGGUUCAUCCAAAGCCUCCACGUGUCGCGAAUGAGGUAGCAGCGCAUGUACUUCUUGUGCAACAUGAGAGAGAUGAUUGGGUCACAAGUUUAGUGAAUGUCUACGAAGCAAGGCCUGAGCGCCCGAGCCUGCACUACAACAUCGCUGUCACAACGCAUGAGCACAUACUUGCUGACAAUAUCUUGCGAGUUGUUGGACAUGAAACUCACUGUCUUGCGCCCAUACCAUCACAUGGAUUUGUUGCAUGGUACCUCCAGCUCCCACUUCGUCGUGGCCAACCUCUAGCUGGAAGAAGUGGCUAUGGUAUUUCGCUUCAGAUUUGGCAAUUUCGCCUUGCUGACUACUUACCGAAUGCUGCUGCCUCUUCGGUGCCACAACAAGGACCCAUACUUCUUCAAACAAAGACUCAAAAGCGAAAUAUUUGUCUCGAAGAUGCACUGGUUGAAGAAAGUGAAGAGAGCCAAAAACCUGACGAUGUCCCAUCAUAUGCGGUUCGCCUGCGUGCUGGUGACUCCAAUUCUAAGGUGCCUUCCAUUGUAGAGAUCUAUGGUGAGCCCACUGAAAACAAGAUUGUCGAUGAGCUCAAGAAUUGGGGCCACGAUUGCUUUGUCUUUCAAUUUGCAGGACAUCAUGAGUUUCUCUGCUUGUCUCGAGAUCGCAUCCCUGAUGAUAGUAUUCAGCACUACAUCUUUGGCACCAGUGAUGGUACAGAUCCCAACGCGGCAAUUUUGCACUCCCACAAAGGUGAGGUACUGCAAGAACUGGAUUGCAUGAAGAUUCUUCACAGCUUGGGAUACUUCAAAACUACCAUCCAAGCGAUCACUCAGUGUCUGCCUGAUGUCUUCAAGGUUAUUUUUGCGCACCAAGUAUCCACACUUGACCCAGGACGUUUGAACUUGCGACAACCAACACCUUGGCCAGAUCGCAUUCCGGUAGACCUGAGGCAACAGCCCAAACCCAGUUUCUGCCGUGAUGAACUUCCUGCUGAAUGUGGACCAUGCAAACUUCGACUUGGAGUCGAGUUGGACACUUUAGCCACCUUCUUUUCAAGCGAAGAAUUCCCACUUUGCACGACGUUUGAAGGCCUGCAAAUCCCGCCCUCGACGGCGAUGGUGUAUGCGAUGACCUCAUUGUUGGCCCUCACGAAGAUGUUCCAAGUGUCAGCACGUGAAUUGCAAUGUCGCAUUGAUCAUGUUGCAAUACCGCAGUCUUUGCGAUUGGCUUGCGAGUUCUCCAUUGUGGAUGAGAACUUCGACCUUGGUCUGACGCACAUCGAUCAUGAGUUGGUGGGAGUUCAACUUCACUGGCAAGGACUCUGUCAACAACGCUGGCAGCCCAGAUCUCCAAAGAAAGGUUUUGAGAGAGCGGACCUCUGCCGCUCGAGUUUGCAGGCUGACAUGAUGCACUAUCAAGUCCCACGUUGGACUCAAGACAUUGAGCAACAUGUGGACCAUUUCAACGAGUUCGUCAUCACAGCAUUGGACAAGCAACAUCCGAGCCGAGGCCAAGGUCCCAAGAAACCCUACAUUGAUGAUGAAAUCUGUGCAUUGCGAGCGUUGAAACUUCGCUAUCGAAAAGCCCUCCGAGAAACCCAGCGUCGAAAGAAAGUAGAGCUGAUGUUUCAAAUUUGGGGUGCAUGGACACAAAAGAUAGAGAACCAGCAGCAUGCGGACUCUGUCAGAAGCUAUUCUGCCACCCUGGCAUGUUGCACUGUGCGCUGCAUGGCGCAACUCCACAGUGUCGCUCAGCAAUUGAAAGUCCGUUUGUGCAAGGCAAAGGCGACCUUACUCCGCAGCAGACUUGAACAGAUGCCACGCGAUGCUAGUGCUGGACAGAUUCUGCAAGCCAUCCAUAAACUCCAAGGACCUACGAAUCCGAAAAAGAUCAAAAAGAAGCCUUUCCCAGUGUUGAAGAAGAGUGAUGGCACGCACUGCGAGUCAAGCAGCCAGCGUUGUGACCGAUGGGCAGAAUUCUUUUGCAACAUGGAAGGAGGACGAAGAAUGACACACCAAGAUCUCAGAGAUGGUUGGAUUGACAACUUGCAGCACUUUCGUCAGCAGCAGUUUGACUUGAGUUUAGAGAUGCUACCAACGCUCUGUGACUUGGAACGUGCGUAUUCUCAUGUUCGCAUUGGUCGCGCUGUUGGCAUGGACUCCAUUCCGCCGGAAGCAUGCAAAUACAAUGUUGGCCAAUUUGCGCGUGCCACAUUCUCACAACUUCUCAAAAUGCCUGGCAUUGGUUCCGUUGAAUCACGACAAGGGGACCGAUGCCACGACGGAGCACUGCCGCCACAACAAACACAAGGAGCGAGCAGGGAGCCAAUCCAUCCGCGAGAUCUCCGAGUUGAGUGCACGGACCUCAUUCUCAAUUUGGUCGAUGCGUUAGCAGAUCGGGAGUCAGAUGAUGGCAUUGACAAGAUUUUGAGAAAAACCAUUCAGGCGUUGCCAAUUUCUUGGACGCAGUGCUUAGCGACUCUGGAGGUUUUCUUAGAAAGUGUGGAUGAUGAAUUUGCUGAUAUGCUCCGCCUUGAUGCCCCGAGUUUGCGUGCAGCGGUUGUGACGCUCCAGCGAGUUGAUGCAUGGGACUUUCUUGACAGGCCAGCGAUUGGCACGAGUGGCCCAGAUGAUGAGCUAGCUCAUUUCGACAGAUGGAGCAGCACACUUCUUCAAGAAGAUCAACCAUGGCAACCAAGCAUUUCAGCUCCGCGACCAAUUGGGAAAGAUCGGAUCAUCCUCCACGCAUUUGCUGGCAGAAGGCGUGUUGGGGAUUAUCAGUGGUACGUUGAUAAGAUGUGCGAGAAGUCUGAUGGUUUCCUACUCCACGUCGUGUUACUCCAAUGGUUGGAAUCCGUGUUGGCCAUCAGGAUCCGAACGGUCCUUGCCUUGCCGACAGGUCCCACAGGUCCAACAGGUCCAACAGCUUUCUGCUCCUGA